AACCAGCAAAGCUCAAAGCUUCUGACUGAGAGUGAAGCAGUUCCUCAGUUCUGCUACAAAGAGUUUGAAACGCCGAGGUCCCCCACUAAAAUGAAAACUGAGAGAGUUCAGUUGCGGCCUGAAAGACCAAGUUUUCCUGUGGAAGAAAUGGACCAAGAGCAUGCACCUCCACAGAAGAAAAGCAAGCCAAGGAAGAGAAGACCAAGGUUCUACACCGCUGUUAGGCGAUCUACACGCAUCCGAAAAACUGUGACACCCUCUCAGAAGAAGGACCUACAGCCGGUACAGAUUCCACUCAGUGAGAGUGAGAGUGAAAGCGAAAGAGAAGAGGAGCCUCCACAGUUGGAGGAGAAUGUGGAGGAGCCGGCUGUACAUGGCGAGAAAACAUUGGUUGAAAAAGUGGACUAUGCUGUGCUGUUAUUGGAAACAAUGAGCUCACAGGGUAACAAUAGGAUCUCUGACUCCUCUGAAAUCAGAUACAGGAGCUUGUACUUUGAGUCCCAAAAGCAGAAUGAGGCUUUGAAAAAGGUGAACCGCGAGCUUUCUUUGAAGUUGCAAGUUGCUCUUGCCAAAAUUGAAGGAUUUGAGAAAGGGAGUAAUGCAUCUGUGGAAUGGAUGACAAAGUUCAAAGAUGUGUUGUUGGUUACAAGCUUGUCAAAAGCUUCUGAAAUGGCUGCAGCUGUCCAAUGUCAAGAUCCUAAAGCUGCUUCUUCUUCAAAGAGGAAGAGAUAAAGAGAAGCAAGGAAAUGAA